AUGGAGCUGGGGAACAUCUCGCAGCCUGUGUACGGCCCCGGCCCCGAGGCGCCGGGGAGCAGCAUGCCGGGCCUGGUGGGGAUGGCGCAUGGCUUCCUGCGGCUGGGGGGAUACCGGGAACUGAUCACAGAGUUUCAGCAGCCCCAGAGCCAGGACACAGUCAGGGAGCAAGUUCAGGAGCUGCUGCUCUACGAACUGGGUUUCCUGGUCUGCGUGGCCAUUGGGCUGCUCUUCAUCAUCCUCGUGCCUCUGGUGGGAUUCUGCUUCUGCUGCUGCCGCUGCUGUGGGAACUGUGGGGGCCGCAUGUACCAGAAGCAGCGUCGGCGCAUGGGCUGCAAGCGCCGGGUGCUCUGGACCUCUGUCCUGCUGGUCUCUGGUCUCCUCCUGGCUGGUGACAUCUGCGCCUUCGUCAGCAACACUCGUUUCUCCCAGGCUGUGUGUGGCACCUUCCCCAACGUCAAUGACACCCUGGACAACCUCCGCACCUACCUGGCUUCCAUCCCCCAGCAAAUCAAUUUUAUCAUCGACAGCAGCGACGUCCCGCUGGGCCACGCCAACCGCAGUGUCCAGGAAAUUGGGCCCAACCUGGGUGGCAUGAUCGUCUCGGGCAUCAGGAGCAGCACGGAUGGGGCUCUGGGAUCCCUCCAGAGCCUCUUGCAAGGGAUGGAGACGCUGGCGGACGCCUUCAGCAACAUCACCGGCACUCACUCGCAUCUCAAGGAGCUGCAGAGCAACUACAGCCAGCGGCUGGGCUCUUCCCCGCAGAUCCCCAGUGUGGAGCAGCAGCUGGAGGCGCUGGGUGAUGUGUUUGGCUCCAACAUAGCAGACAAUUUAGAGAAGGUUAACAGCACGCUGGACACGACUCCUGCCAAGGUGCAAGAGCAGUCCCAGGACGUGGUGACAGAGACCCAGGACCAGCUGGGCCUUGUCAGACAGCAGAUCAGGAGCUUGCAGGAGCAGUUGCCGCUCACGGAUGUGGAGGAGAAUGUCGGGUCCUUUGUGGGCAACGCCACGUCGGUGCUGGAGGAGUACAGGGAGCCGAUCAUCGCCUUGGAUGGGCUCAGGUGGAGCGUGUGUGUCCUCCUGUGCUGCAUGGUGCUGCUCGUGGUCCUCUGCAACAUCACUGGGCUGCUGCUGGGGCCCCUGGGGCUGAAGGAAAACGUGCUGCCCACGCAGCGCAGCAGCCUCUCCAAUGCCGGCGGGAACUUCUUCAUGGCAGGGGUUGGCUUCAGCUUCAUCUUCUCCUGGCUGCUGAUGCUGCUGGUGCUGAUCACCUUUGUGCUGGGGGGGAACAUCUACAUGCUCAUGUGUGAGUCCUGGCGCAGCCAGCAGCUCUUCCAGCUCCUGGACACCCCCGGCCUGAUCCCUGGCUUCAACCUGUCGGAGCUGCUGGGCCAGGAGGGUGGCACAGCAAAUUUCUCAGAGAUGUACAGGCAGUGCCAGCAAGAUGCUGCCCUGUGGCAGACGCUGCACCUGGACCAGAGCGUGUCCCUGGACGAGCUCUUGAACAUCAGCCAGUACACAGGAGAGAUCUCCACGGCCUUCGAGAAGAUGAGCAUCACUCUGAGCCCCAUCUUGCUGCUCAACCAGAGCCAGAAAGACUUGCUGAAUGCCAGCCGGGCUUGGCAGCCCCCCGACUUCACCCCCACCCUGGAGCAGCUGGAUCGGAACGUGACCCAGGGAAGCCUCCUGGAUCUGGCUGCAGAGCUGGAGCAGCUGGCAGGCAAAGCGGGCGCCAGCGUGACAGAGGACCUGAAGGCUGAUGCUCGCAACCUGAGGGACCUGGACAAGGAGAUGCAGAUGAGCUUCUCUGGGCCGCUGCAAAGCCUGAAGAAGAACAUCCACUUGGUGCAGAGCAGGGCUGCCCAGCUGGAGGCACAGACAAAAGCUGCGGUGGAAAAAGCCAGCGAAACCCAGGAGUUCCUGGACAAGGAGAUGGCAAACAUCAUCAAGAACGAGACGUGGGCCUUCCUGGAGGAGCUGUUGGACUUCUUUGAGACCUACAUCUCCUGGGCUAAGAGCAGGCUGACGGGAGAUGUGGCACGUUGCAAGCCCAUAGCUCAGACCCUGGAUAACGUGGAGGUCAUCACCUGCGACUACAUCCUGGACUCUCUGAACACCUUCUGGUUCAGCCUGGGCUGGUGUACCAUCUUCCUGCUGCCCAGCAUCAUCCUGGCAGUCAGACUCGCCAAGUUUUACCGGCGCAUGAACAUUGCUGAUGUCUACAGGAAUGAAGCCUUGGAGAUGCCACCCGCAUUCAACUUGUACAAAAUCCCCCGUCCAUCCACGAGACAUUAG